AUGCCGGAGGAAAAGCCAGAGCCAGAAUACCCAAGACCUGUGAUAUGGGAACCGGAAACUGAGGAGCCUAAAUCUGAGGAGAAACUGGAGAAUCAAGCGAUGGGCUGUAACACUUGCCUCAAAGAAGCGGCAAAAUACCGUGAUCAAGUACGCGACACAACGGGACAACAGUUCACCAUCGGUGCGCUCACCUAUGCGUUUUGUGACGACCUCGCGUACGGUAAAGAAGCGUGUGAAACGUCGAUGCCUGACCUCGUAAAGAGGAUGAUCGAUGGGACGAUCGAGAUCGUGGACGAUCUGCCGAAGUUCUGCCACGAGGUGAUGAAGUGCGAAGCGGAGUCGAUCGAGAUUCCUGCAAACUCCGAUUCCUACGAAUCGCAGGAGGUCGAUUUGCCGGUGGCGCUCGAUGUCUCGAGAAUUGAGCACGAGCUGGAGGAGGAGCUCGGCAAGGACGAAGCAGAAGAUGAAGAUUCACCCGAGUACAUUCUAAUCGUUGGC